AUGAUCGGCUCCCCAACCAAACUGCUCUUGUUUCUCGGCGUCGUCGUUGCCGUCUUUGCCGUGCCGGUGCCUUCAGAAGACAAGGACCCCACACGAUGCACCUACGACAACCAAGAUUACAAGAACCAGAGCACCUGGGUGCGUUUUUUCUCCUCACAUUGAUAUUUUAUCAGCAUUUUUGACCAAAAAAUGUUUGAGACAGUACUCUGGAAUUCAGGGAUGCAAUUUGAAUUUCAGAUAGUUAAAAAGCGUAGUUUCACAAUAGACUGAAGCGUUGAGAUCUUAGAACUUUUAUUCAGCACCAAUGUUUUUGUUUCAAGAUCUUAUUGGCUAACGCCGAAAAAAACUAUCAGUGAAGCAUUGCCAGUCGACCCGGUCGCAACAGCAAAUGUUAUGUACCUACCCGGUAAAUCCUGGAUUAAGUAGAUGUGUGCAGGUGGCACAAGAAGCGUUCAAAAUGAAGUGCGUGACGUCAGAGAAUGGCUCCUGGAGAACCGAGGUCAUCAGCUGCGUGGUUCCGGCCAAGAUGCGCCACUGUAAGGACCAGAAGGGCUGCGAAGACCUCCACAUCAAUGUGAACGACAAAAAAGACGACGGACAGGACAUGUUCGAGUGCGUGAGCGGCAACAACCAACAGGUCAAUCUUAAACACUCGAAAGCGGCCAAAGCCGAUUGCAAGAACCACAAAUACGGUAGGAAUAAGUCUGACUGAGGAAUAUAUGUUUUGAUCUGCAGGAACAACGUGGCGCGAAGGCUUCUUCAGGUACAAAUGCCAGGAAGGAGGAGUCAUCAAGCUCGAGGCGUGCAUCACAGCUGAAAACUCGGAAAUUCCACUCGGAGAGACUUUGAAGGUUGAAAGAACAAAUCAAGUUUCGCUUCACUGACUAAUUAUCAGAUCAAUGAUAAUUUUUUUCACAAGAGACAAUUUUGUCAACUUUUAUUUAAACUGAGAUGAAACCCAAUUGUUUAGUACGAUUUUAAAAAAAGAAAAAAACUAAUUUCCAUCACUUUUUUUCGCACCCAAAAAUUUCCAAAGCUUGACAGGUUCAUUACUUUUUAAAUUAAACUAUUUAAAAGAAACUAAAAAAAUCUCUCGAAGCGAGUGAUUCUUCUCAGGUUCUUCUUGGGUAUAUAAGCAUACAGAGCUUUGUUGCAUUUCUAAAAGAAAAAAGGCUACAUCUGGAAUCGGGGCGGAUGCCCGAGCCGAUUGCAAAUUUAAAGCUAGUAGCGACUACUCAGCAGCUUGAAGACAGAGAUAUUGCAGAUGGACAUGUACGAUAUCUCUUGCACUAUGGACGACAAUGGGGUCGUCUCGAUGAAGUCGAAAAGCGACAGCAGCCGCGUUGUCUGCAAGACUUCCGAAGGAGUUAAUAAAAAGUUUGGUAAGUCUCUUGUUUGCAGAGUACGACUAUAAGAUUUUUCACACUAUUUUUAGGAGAAAAAUGGAACGAUAAGAGUUUUGUCAAAAAGUGUAGCGACUAUGGAGUCACGCGAAUCGUCGCCUGCAGAGUCAGUCACAUUUUCUUUUCCUCUCGAAGUCGGCGUUUCAGGAUGACUCGGUCGAGGAAGAGAUUCCUGUCGGAAAGAACGUCACUGUCAACGGCAAGACCUUCAGGUAAUAAUUGCAUAAAUGCUUCGGAUUAACUCAUCUUUGAGUUUCAGCUGCUACAAAAACGAAAGCUCGUUCGCCCUCCGUGUUUUCACCAACAAGGAAUGACAUAUCAACUAGUUUUUACCUCAAUUCAGUUUCUCCCAAUAUUUUUUUGAGAGAAAGCACAGUUUUUGAACAAAAUUAGUCUAGGCGAUUCAUCUUUUUCAGAAAGACUACUUUAUGAAAAUCAAUUAAAGGAAUUGUGAGUUUCAAUGUGAGAUAAAAAAUUUGGAAACUGUUCUUGUACUACGCGCCAACAAUGUGAUUAAAAAAAUCUGUGACCUCCUUAUCAGCCAGGACUUGCGGAAGUCUGGUUUUUCUUCGCAUUUUCGACUCUUUAGCUACGCUUCCAUUUGUUUACUUUUUACUUUUACUAUUUUCGGUCGGUGAGAUAAUAUAAUGCAAAGACCGGUUAGAAAAUUUUAAUUUUUUGCUCUCAAUAUAUUUCAAGAGGCUUCAGUACUACAGAUAAAUGCAAUCUUUAUUUUCCGUACGCCAAACUUUUUAGAGAACGUGGUGCGAGCACGCCGGAAUCAAGUACGAUAAUCAAAGCUACUGGGUAUAUAACGAAGGCAUGAUUAUGGAUUUGAAUGAUGCUUUAGUUCGAUCAAGACGUCUUCAAAUACAAGUGCGAGCUGACGCCAAACAGGACAAUGGGUGCAAUAAUCGUCGGGUGCAAGACGCCCUCUGGAAAAGAAGUUGGUCUAGCCAAUGUUCUUCUCAGAGUUUUCUUGAGAUUGCUAUCGGAGAAACAGUCGAAAUCGGAGACACCGCUUUCGAAUGUACCAAGGGAAACGUCACCUUGCGCUCAGGCCCAGUCAAAAAUGCUCUUUGUCUUCGAAAGUACAAAACCGGUGAGGCCUUAGAACAGACAGAUAACCUACUAAACUGUGAUAUAGGAUCACGUUUGUCUGUUUCGGUUAAAAAAAAAUGAAACACAUUUCCGUUUAAAAUCUUGACUCAUGUGGUCGCUCUCAUUCUGAGUCUUCCGCGUAGAGCACGGUCUCUGGGAUCUAGCACAACAUCCGCUACAAUCAGAGCUCGUCAAGACGCAACUGGAGAGACUACGUGCAGAAGAAAGAGACGAAGGAUCAUGCUUAACACUUAGUUAAAUACAAGUUUGGGACUUAUAGUCCGCCAAAGACGAUUGUUAUGAUUUUAAUUUUGAAAAGCCUUAAGUUUCAUUGUUUCUGAACGUAGUUCAUAAGCGUAUGGGUAGUCCUACUUUCAAAAAACAAAAUUUAAUCGCCUUCCGAGAAAAUUUUUGGACUACAGGAGAAGAAUGGACGGAUGGUACCUUCAAAAUGCGAUGUGAGCCUCACGGUAAGACCUCAGCCGUCGCUUGCAUGGCUUGGAACAAUACUGAAAUCAGCGUCGGAGAAUCAAAAAGAGUUUUGAGCUUUUUUUUGAGCCUUAUAGCUUCCUCUUUUUUUCAGUUGGACGGAAUCACGAUGGAGUGCGCAUCAGAAAAUGGAAAAGUUAUUCUGAGACCCAAGAUGGGAGCAGAUUGUGUGGCAGAAGACGGGUCGAUCAAGAAAAGCGGUGAAGUUGGACAGAAGUUUUUGGGAAUUGCCUAUUUCAAGGUGAUAUUUGGCACGAGAAGGCGUUUGUUCGACGUUGCUCCGAAUACGGAUACAAUGACGUGAUCGCUUGCAAGGUUUUCCAUGAACUGUUCUGAAUACGAGCCGAUUCCAGAGUGGAGACCUCGAGAUCGCCGUCAACACCACAGUCACUACCGACGGCGUUCAGCACAUGUGAGAGCUCUCAUUUUUCUGCGAAACUAAGGGUUUCAGAUGCGAGAACAAGGGAAAAACCUUCCGUUACGGACAUCAAAAACAAGCGCCUCUUCCAUCUUAG